AUGGAAAGGCCGAACGCAGAAGGCACACUUCUAGAAGGUUCUUCUCGCCCCCGGAGCGUUCGGGAGCCAGGGGGAGUGCUGAGGGAGAAAGGAGGGAGCCGUGUGGGGAGAGGCGACGCCGGCGGCCACGUGGCCCGACCCUGCCCCGCUGCUGCGAGGGCGGGAACAAGCUCGUCCGACCGCUGCGAGACCCCGACACGACUGGCAGUCACGCCGGCGCCGGGCGCAGAUAAGGGGCAGGCGGCCGAGCGGAGCGUGCAGCGGGCCAAUCACAGCGCAGCCUGCCAUCGCGCCACCCAGCGGCCGGCCAAUGGGGAGGCGGCAGCCUCUAUAAAAGCAGGCGCUGCCGGGUUUAGCUACGCCCCGGCCAAGGCACGCACCGAGCACACUGCGUGCAAGUCGACCGGCGGCAAGGCGCCCCGCAAGCAGUUGGCCACUAAGGUGGCUCGCCAAAGCGCGCGGGCCGCCGGGGGCGUCAAGAAGCCGCACCGCUACCGGCCCGGCACUGUGGUCCUCCGCGAGAUCCGGCGCUCCCCGAAGUCCACCGAGCUCCCGAUCCGCAAGCUGCCGUUCCAGCGGCUGGUGCGCGAGAUCGCGCAGGACUUCAGGACCGACCUGCGCUUCCAGAGCUCGGCCGUGAUGGCCCUGCAGGAGGCGUGUGAGGCCUGCCUGGUGGGGCUCUUCGAGGACACCAGCCUGUGCGCCAUCCACGCCAAGCGCGUCCCCAUCAUGCCCAAGGACAUCCGGCUGGCGAAGAGCAUCCCCUGCCACACUGAAAGAAAAGGAUGGGCCGCAGGGACUCUCGCAAUCCCCAGAGGAAACAAGAGUCCUGGCCCGGAGCCCCGGACGGGCAUCGCGGAGGGGAGGGCACAGCAGGUGUAUUCGGCAAGAUUCCUGGGGGGGUGGUGCUCCCGCGGGGAUGGGGGACGUAAGGAGCUGGGGCUGCACUGUGGCUGGGGUAUGGCAGGGAGCAUGCUCAGCUUCCUGAUCGGAGAGUCCAGAGGAGCCAGGGGACCCUCCUCUUGGCCUCCUCACCGGCCCUUCCUAAGGGGCAGCGUUGGGGAAUGACGUAAAAACGGCGUGACCAGCUAUCGAGCCGAGAGCAGGACCCGGGCGCUCGGAGGCUUCUCACCACCCUGGGUCCUAAGAGUGUGGGUUCGACUUGCCUCUCCCGCCCCCAGGGGCUGCUCCAAGGACGGAGCCUUCAGACGCCGGGGAGCGGUUAAGACACCUGCGUGGUGUGGUCACUGAGCCCGGUCAAGGCCUCUUCACAAGCUCGUCAGAUUUGGCAGGCUGCCGUGGGGGUCUGUUGGCCUUGCUGCCGCCCCAGACAAGCCUGGUGAGUUCCCUCUGCCUCCUACGACUGUCGUCUGCAAGCCCGUCUCUGGGGUGUCUCCUUGCCCUCUGAGUACAGGGCCCAGUUUCAGGCUGUGCCCGUGGCGUUCCCAGGAGGGUUUCAAGUUAGCAGACGACUCCUGAUCGCCGGCCAGCCCCACGGUCCAUCUCCAACCAACCCACUGAGCCUGUCCUGCGGUCCUUGCGGGAGAUGCUCCCCAUUUCCCGCGUCUGUGCCCCGGACAUAAGCAUGUCAGCAGCAUCUGGUCCAGAAGACGGUCAGAAAGUCACAUCAGACAGUCCAAGUAAGGGGACGGAGGCUCAGUGUGCCCGCUGUCUGUGAUGGGCCGAAUUGUGGGCACCGCCAAACCCUGCAAAAUCCCUGUGCUGCACCCCAACGCCCAGGAACUCAACGAGGCUGUGUUUGGAGAUAGGGCCUUUAUAAAGUGUUCAUAAGAGAAAAUGCAGUCCCUAUGGUCAGUCCUAAUCUCAUAGGACCGAUGUCCUUACAAGAAGAGGAGAUUAGGAUGCAGAGACGCACAGAGGGACGCCCACGUGAGGCUAUGGAGAGAGGACAGCUGUGAUACUGUGGCUUAUAAUAAAUAUGUUUGGUCUCAAACCCUUCAGACAUUUCUGUGAUUCAGGUGAUAAGGGUGACUUUUGCUAUUUACAGCAAGCCCCUGCCCACCACACCUGAGUGUGUCGAUGAGGUGAGUUUGGAAAGCCCCUGACGAUGGCAGCUGUGGCCGGGGGACAAGAAAGCAUGCACAUGCAGGGAGCGUGGUGCACCCUCAGCUCCACGGGGACAAAAGUUCCUGCAGGCGGGACCACUCCAGAUCUCGCUGCGGCUGCGGAUUCAUAUCCUCUCGUGCCUUUUGCAACAAGCUGGGAAGCCAGCAAGUGAAAUGUCGCUCUGUGAGCCACUCCAGCGAGUUAAUGGAACCCGAGGAGGCGGCCAUGGGAACCUCGGAUCUGUAGCCAGCAGGUCAGAGCACGGGGGACCCCGCACUUGGGACUGGCAUCUGCAGUGGGGGGGCAGUGGGCCUGAACCCUGAAGCUGUGGGGUCUGAUGCUCUCCCCACAUAGAUGGUUAGAGCUGAGUCACACUGCAGGCCCCCCACCUCUGUCACAGGCUUGCUUGGUGUGAAAGAAGCACCCCUCCCCCUACAACAUUUGGGGAUCAGAAGUGAAGCAGAGGAUUGAAAGUCUGUGAAACACAUGGAAGCAUGUUUUUCACAGCAAGCCUGUGUGCAUGCCGGGGAGAGAGGCCUCGGGAGGAACCAGCCCCACGCACGCCGGAGCUCAGACUCCCAGCCCCCAGGACAGGGAGA